AUGAACGGCGACACUUAUUCUUCCAGAGACUCUGGUCGCCCUCGCGACUACUACCGCGACGAGCGACGUGAUCGAGACCGAGGAGAUCGGGGUGAUCGGGCAGAGAGACCUGAGCGACCUGAGAGACCCGAGAGAGGAGAGCGACGACGAUCGCGAUCGCCUCACUACGGCCCCCGAGGCGCGCGUCGUGAACCUGAAGCCAACUCGUAUUCCUCCAGCCGCGACUACCGUGCCCGUGAGCGUGAAGACCGCUAUUCGAGCAGCCGAAGAGACGACCGGGAAUGGGACCGUGGGGACCGAGGAGAUCGUGGAGGAGACCGUGGAGAUCGCCGCCGCCGACCUGACCGACCUGACCGACCCGACUUUGAAGAGAGGGCUCCGAGACGAGACCUCUUUGAGGAUCGCCCCCGCCGUGGCGGUGCUGGAGGUGGUGACCGGGACCGUGGAGACCGCGGAGACCGUGGUGGUGAUAGAAGAGAGCGCAAGAGAUCCGCAACACCCCCACAGAGGAAGGAGCCUACACCAGACUUGACCGAUGUCCCGUCAAUCUUGGAACGCAAGCGUCGUCUUACCCAAUGGGAUAUCAAGCCUCCAGGUUAUGAGAAUGUCACUGCAGAGCAAGCCAAGCUCUCUGGUAUGUUCCCUCUGCCCGGAGCUCCCCGCCAACAACCAAUGGACCCCAGCCGUCUGCAGGCUUUCAUGGACCAGCCUGCCGGUGCCACCGAAAAUACCGCCCUCAAGCCAUCCAACUCCCGCCAAUCCAAGCGUCUCUUUGUCUACAAUAUCCCUCCUGGUACCACCGGAGAUGCCAUAAUCUCGUUCUUCAACCUGCAGUUGAACGGCUUGAACGUGGUUCAGAGCGUCGACCCAUGUGUCUCCGCACAGGUGUCUGAAGAUCAGAAAUUCGCCCUCUUGGAAUUCAAAAGUCCUACUGACGCAACUGUUGCUCUGGCAUUUGAUGGCAUUACUAUGGCUGAGAGCGGUGACAAGGGUUUGGAGGUCCGGCGACCCAAGGAUUACAUUGUGCCCAAUGGAAGUGCAGACCAGGAAUACCAGGAGGGCGUGCUUCUCAGUGAGGUACCAGACUCACCAAACAAGAUUUGCGUGUCCAACAUCCCAUCCUAUAUUCCCGAAGAGCCUGUCACAAUGUUGCUGAAGUCGUUUGGUGAGCUUAAGUCAUUCAUCUUGGUUAAAGAUUCUUCGACUGAGGAAUCACGGGGCAUUGCCUUCUGUGAGUAUGCCGAUCCAGCCGCAACUCCCAUCGCUGUGGAAGGUCUCAACGGCAUGGAGCUAGGUGACCGUCACCUUAAGGUUGUUCGUGCCAGUAUCGGUACUACUCAGGCAGCUGGUCUGGAUAUGGGUGUCAAUGCCAUGUCGAUGUUCGCAAAGACUACUUCCCAAGAUAUGGAGACUGGUCGUGUGCUGCAACUUCUGAAUAUGGUUACUGUUGAUGAACUACUUGACAAUGACGACUACGAAGAAAUCUUGGAGGAUGUCACUGAGGAGUGUGGAAAAUACGGAAAGGUUUUGAGCCUCAAGAUUCCCCGCCCCAGCGGUGGCAGCCGCAGCACAUCAGGUGUCGGUAAGAUCUUCGUUAAGUUUGACACCGAGCAAUCGGCGACCAAUGCCUUGAAGGCCUUGGCUGGCCGUAAGUUCUCGGACCGAACUGUCGUUGUGUCUUACUUUGGAGAGGAGAAUUUCGAUGUUGAUGCUUGGUGA